UCUUUUCUCUCAGGCUUUCCUUAGAAGUUUAACGAACGAAUACUCGGAUCGUCCUUGUAACGUGAGGAAAGAAGUGAUUCGCGGUGAAACGAGCGAGUCUCGUAGGUUAUGUGUGCCCAAAUGUUUCACGCGGUAAACUUAAACGACCGGAAGUUUUAAAGACUGACAAUUGGAGACGUUGCUUGAAUCGUGAUUGCAAAAGGAAGCAGACAUAACUUUGACGGAUUGCGCCUCGUCCUCGAGAAGCAGAUCUGACGGAAGAAUGGCUAACGGUACUUUAAUUUCGAGAAUUUUGCGUCAAUCAACAUUUGCAAGAUAUUUAAAAGGUCCCGCACGUUUCUUUUCGUCCAAAGACACGGACAAAGUCGACGAGAGUCCGAGAUUACGUGAAUUCCGGAAGAAAUUGCGCGAACGCGCUCCUAUAGAGAAAUUGGAGGAGUUGGGAGAAGGCGAGCAUCCUUAUCAAGAGCAAGAACCUCUAAAGCCGUUCCCGGACAACACGAAUCCAGAAACGGGCGAAAUCGGAGGUCCGCGCGGUCCCGAACCGACCCGUUAUGGUGAUUGGGAAAGGAAAGGCCGUGUCACAGACUUCUGAGCGAUUGCAGCUGCGAAGGAGAAAAUAAAGCGUUAAUUUAUAACGUUGCGAUAACACCGAGUCUAAGAAUAUUUUGCCAGUCGACACAUCAAUCGAUUGCCAGUCGACAAAAUCAAUCAAUAUGUCAUGAAGAACGCUUGUUCUGAAUAAAGUACUUUGUCAUAGCA